CUUCUCUGUCUUCUACAUAAUGAUGUGGGGCAUCUUUUACUCUUAUAAUCUUGAAAGUGAGCAUGCAUGUGCCUUCAUGCUCAAGGCCCCGGAUUUAUUCUGUUUCUUCUGACAAAAUGCAUAAUAAUGAUAGUUACUCAGACCACUCUUUUGCUCCUGAAAAUUACUUGGCCUUAGAAAAAAAUGAUUCUCAGAAUUUAUUGAUAUAUCCUUCUGAAGAUGAUAUUGAGAAAUCAAUUAUUUUUAAUCAAGAUGGCACUAUGACAGUUGAGAUGAAAGUUCGAUUCAAGAUAAAAGAAGAGGAAACCAUAAAAUGGACCACUAUCAGUAGAGCUGGGCUUUCUAAUAAUCAUGAAAAGAGUGAGAUAAGCAGUUUUCCAGGAAGAACUGAUGAUCCAUCAUCUGGUUUAAAGAUCACAGCAUGUUCAUUAUCUGCAGAUGUCUCACCUCUGGAGAAAGGCAGUAAUCAAGAGGGCAAUUUGGUAGAGGAGAGAAACACUCAAAUAAAAGAUCAGGUGGCUGAAACUUGCACUUCUGCUGGUUGGGAGACUGCUACUAUGGACAUAAAUAUCAUCCAGGGAACUCAGGAUCAAGUGAAGCAUAAUUUCUAUAGGCCCCCCACACCUGGACCAAGGAGAGUGAGACAAAAGAAAUCUGCAAUAGGGAGUGUGACCUUAGUGUCUGAAACUGAAGUUCAAGAGAAGAUGAUUAGACAGUUUUCCUAUAGUGAAGAUAGGGAAGAUGGGGAAAACAAAUCUGAGUAUCACAUGUUCACACAUUCUUGCAGUAAAAUGUCAUCAGUAUCUAACAAACCAGUACUUGUUCAGAUCGAUAACAAAGAGCAGAUAGAGUCAUCUUUAGAAAGAAAAAAGUGUAGACUGCUCAAGUCAAGUGCAGUAAGUGCUGGUGGUGUAGAAAUUACAAGUCAGAAGAUGUUAGAGAGGUCCCCUAACAGUGGCUUGUCACACCCUAUAUCAGAAAACUCAAUUCUGGAGAAAGGUAUAAUUGAUAGUGUAACAUCAGACCACAAAACUAGUAUCAAGAACUUAAGAACUUACAUUAGCACCAAAGAUAGGUUCAGUCCUAUUUCAGCAGAUGUAACUCAUUCUCCAAGUAACUGCUCAGGAACUGACAAAACUGUAUAUGAGAUGCCAGCUUCAGUAGAAUCCUCUGCUGUCACCACAAGAAUUGACAGACUAAUUAAUGAAUUUUCUCAGUGUAGUUUAACAGAAUUUCCUGAAAAUGAAAAGCAGAUUUCAUCUGUUGCCAGGAAGAAGAUGACAAAAUCUCAGCAGCAAGUGAUAAGUUCCAGGCAUGAGAAUGGGGGAUUUGGAACCAAAAGAAUUCGCAUUAAGCGUAUAAACACAGGAGAUAGAAUUGCACAGGAAACCAUACUGCAAGAGUCACACAGUCCCCCUAAAGGAGGGAUACUUUGUGAUGAAGACCUCCAUGCAGGUGAUAUGGUAAUUAAAUCAAAUUAUUUUUGUUCUAAAAAUAGUCUUAAUCCUGUGAAUUCCAAUACUUUCCAUAUAAAUAAAUUAAAUACAAUUCAGAAUCCUAGGGUUCAAGGACUUUUAGCCAAAAGAAGAUCUAGACCACUAAACAAGGUAGGCUUAGGAGGAUCUACAAGAAGAGAAAUUGGUCAAGGAGAUAAAGUGUUUCCCUAUAAUGAAUUCAGAUAUUGCAAAAAUACUUUUGAAAAUCAAAAUUUAUUUCACGUGUUUAACUUCCUUGAGCAAAAACCUAAUGCUUUUUGUGAACCACAGGCUCAAGCAGAAAUAACAUCUUGGUAUUUGAGAGGAAUAGCAAACAAGAGCUCAGUUUCAAAACUUAAUAAUUCACACAUAAAUUUCAAAAGCCAGAAAAAACAAAAACGGGAUAAAUUGAAACCAACUACUAAUGUAAAUAAACAUGUUACAACCAGGGCAAGUUCCUUAGCUUCUUUGAAAAAAGCUGCUUUUUCUGAGGAUAUUACCCAUCAUUCAGUUCAAAAUUACAUACAGAGAUGGUUUCAGAACAUAAAUCCACAUUCAACUCUGCAACCUAGAAAAUCAGCUUCAGUAUACAAAAAGGAAAGGAGUGUGGUAAGUUGUAACAUAAAGAGUUUUCCAGGAAAUAAUUCGCAUGCAAAUUCUGGAAAAGGAAAUAAUUAUGUCAUGGGAAAUAAUAAGCACAUAACUAAAAAUGCCACUUUGAAAGGAGAUAAUCUAAGUAAAGAGGUAGCUAAAUCUUUUGAUAAAGGUAACAGUGGAGGACUGACCAGAGACCUCUCUGUAAGCCUGGCUGAAUCUCUGAAUGAGGCUUGCUUGUCUUCCUUGCAUGAAUGUUGUACUUUGUCACAGUCAGUUAUUGAUGAUAAUACUAAAAGUCAGGAAUCUGCUGAAAAGGAAUCAGGAUCAGAGGUAAGCCUUGUUUUCCAAGAAAUAAACUUAGCUACAAAAGGGCAAAGUGUAGAGGCUGCCAUUCAAGUAGAUCCUAUGGAAGAUGACAUUCCAAAAGAUUUCCUACCAGUCCUGUUGCUUCGCCAACUACAAGCUUUAGUUCCUAGUAUUCAUAAGACUCAAAAUGGAGUUGUUCAAAUGCCGGGUUCACUUACAGAUGUUCCCUUCUCCUCCCCAAUUUGUAAGUCAUCUACUAAUGUCCUUUUAGCUUGGCUCCUAGUGCUAAACCUGAAGGGAAGUGUGAAUACCUUCUGUCAAGAUGAUGCUCACAAGACUUCCAGUAGAACUUCAGAAAUACUUGCAUUGUUGGAGGUUCUAAAGCAUGUUGCCAUCACAGAGGAAGCUGAUGACUUGAGGGCUGCUGUUGCCAAUUUAGUGGAGUCUACCACAGAUCGCUUUGGACUCCCUGAGAAAGAACAAGACAUGAUUCUAGUAGGACUUUCUGCAAAUUGUUCCACACCCAACAUACAGAGAGUUCCUAAGUGCAUUGAAAAUGGAAAAACACAGCAAAUCUCCUGUUUAGAUGGAGGCUACUCUGCCAGUGAGAACUGUGCCCAUGAAGUCUGUGUUUCAGAGAUGACCUGCUCUGCAUGUGAAAUAUGCACUCUGCAUAAGACUUAUGGUCCAAAAGAGAUGAGUAACCUCAGUGACAUUUUUUCCCCUACCGAUGACUGUACCAUGAAUCAGACCUCCAUGAAUAAGGCUUGCUUCCUAGGAGAGAGAUGUUCACUUACUGAUCCUCUGUCUUCCCAUAAAGCUUGUGCUCAUGAGGAAAACUACAUCCAUGAGGCAUCUUACCCAACUGAUGAGGCUUACAUUCCCAUCAAAGUCUGCAAUACCAAUGACUUUUUAAAUUCCAAAGAAGACAAAUAUGUUGAUAAUUUGGAAUUGACUAAAGAGUUAGAAAGAUCUGGGUGUAAACAUGGCUUUAAUAUACUGGUGUCACACCAAAGUAUUGGUCAUUUAAGCCACCAUGACUUUUUCCUAAGUGCAACUGAAACAGAAUUUGAUAAGGAACACAGUUCUCUAGAUGAAUUUAAAAAUUGUGCAUUAAAGAAAGUUCAGGGUAAAAAUGCAUAUGCAUCCUUUGAUAAGGAAGAAUCAAAGAAUUCUGAAGAACCAAGCUCAAUAACCAAUAGCACAUCAAAUGAAAGAAACAUUUCAGAAUUGGAAUCCUUUGAAGAAUUAGAAAAUCAGGACACUGAUACCUUUAAUACAAAGGUAAGUGCAAGAGAGCAAACCACUGAAGAAUUGACCCAAAAAGAGUUAGAGGAUAGUAAAAAUUUGGAAUUGAUAGAAGUCUUUAGGAGGAACACGACAGAAGAGGAAAGAAGGAUUGGUGUAAUAUGUGAGACACUCAGUAGGCGGCUGGCAACACCACCAUCUUUACUAUUUUGCUAUGAUUCUAAGCAAAAUAUUGAAAAGGAGCUCAAUGAAGGAACUAAAACGAGAGUAAAAAUGGUAGUGAAAAGCAUGGAAAUUGGAAGUUAUUCAGAGUCCCCUCUUGACUUUAAAAACUUAAAAAGCCCAGUGACUUCUGAUUGGUCAGACUAUGGACAAGACAGUGAGAAUGAGCAGCCAUAUAAAGUGUCCAUUGAGAGCCCUAUUGACUAUGGUGAGGAGAUCGCCCAAGAGAAAGAACACAAUAAAGGACUUGUUAAAAGGACAAUAGAAAAACUCUAUGGUAGAGCAGAGGUUGUUAAACCAUCUUUUUUUCCUGGGUCUACACACAGAUCUCAGGUUUGUCCUUACAAUUCUAUGGAAUCUCAGUGCAGUAGGAAAGUAGGUCUUCAUGGUUCUGAAGGUCAUUUGUUUGGCUCUUCUGAACAGGUAUCUAGUAGUUCAUCUAUACUGCAGAAAUUUCAGGAGGAAAGACAAGAUAAAUGUGACUUUAAUGAUGCGAGGGCCCAUUAUCAGGGAGACAUUGUAGAACAUGGUGCAAAACAAAAUGACCAUAAUAGAAUCCUUAGGGAAAUAGAGGAAGGAGUACUGAUUGAUAAAGGGAAGUGGCUCCUGAAAGAAAAUCAUUUGCUAAGAGUAUCAUCUCCUGAAAAUCUUGGCAUCUGUGGCAAUGCAGACACCACAUCAGUGGAUACUCUACUUGACAAUAACAACAGUGAAGUUCCAUAUUCACAUUUUAGAAAUUUGGUCCCAGGCCCAAACAUGGCUGAACUAUCCUCUUUAGAAUUGGAGGAGCUGACUCAACCCCUUGAACUGAAAUGCACUUAUUUUAAUCUGCCUCACUGUAGUGACUCUGAGCCUUUUUGUGAGGGUUUGCUAGAUGUUCAAAAUAAAAUUUGUGCCAAGGAAAGAAUAUCAAAGCACCAUUCAGAGGUGAAGGGUAACCAUAAGUCAGAAAGAGUGUGCACAUCUGUGACUCGUGUCUUUACAUCUGCUGGUAACAAAGUCCAUCCUGUCUCUGAUGAUACUAUUAAAAACCAACCACUGCCUGGUAGUAAUACAAUUCAUGGUGUACCUCAGGAAGGUGACUCUUUGGAUAAACUCUAUGCUAUUUGUGGUCAACAUUGCCCAAUACUAACUGUUAUUAUCCAACCUAUAAAUGAAGAAGAUAGAAGAUUUGCAUAUUGCAAAAAUUCUGAUAUUGAAAACUCCUUGGAUCUCCACUUAAGGAUGAAAAUACACCCCUAUUUACUACAGUCAAAGAAAAGCAUGUUCAGAAAUGAGAAUAAUAAAGCAAGUAGUAGAAAAGCAUUUGUUGAUAUAUUUGAUUGGCUUUAUUUCAAUGACACAUUUAACUUGAUGGAUAAAAGAAGAAAGUUAAAAAGAGUUGACUUCUUCAACUUAGAGGAAGAAAAUUACUUAAAGAAAUUUCUAUUAUAUUUAAAGAAAAGGUUUUGUGUUAACUUAUUGUCCACAUCACUGUUAGUUGUGGAUGAUGUGAAUUCAUAUACACAAGGUUCCAGCAAUCAGACAAAUGAAGUUUUUGCAGUAGUUGAUGAGAAUAAUAACUUAUUAGAUAACAGAUUCCAGAGUUCAAGAAUAAAUCUUAACCAAGUAGUAAGGGAAAAUAUGAACUAUCAUUUGUCUUUGGAAAUGCUUGGUCAAGCCUGCCUAUUUUGCCAAGUUGAGACAUUCUUAAAUAUUAGCAACAGCAAUAUUUUAGAAAUAUUUUAUAUUUUUGAGGAUGAAAACCUUUUUAUUUGGGAAGAGAAAACCAGUUACUUUUAACUGAUCUUGAAAGCAGUGAUGAACAAAAUUUAUAAUUUCAAUGUCAGCACAGCCUUUCUUCAUCAAUGUGUUUUUCCUCAUAAUAAGAUGAAGCACAUGGAGUGGAUAUGGAAUAGGUAACCUCUAAGAAUUUCCCACUUCUUCAGCAUGAGCUUUUCCUAGAAAGGUUGCUCUUGGAUAAUCCAAUUUGAAUUUCAUCGUUCCUGUGUUCUUCAUUUUUCCAAUUACAGACUCAGUUUCUGUUAUAUUACUUUGGAAGUUUCUAUGUGUUUUUUUUUUUCCUGAACAUGUUAUUUCUUGUAUCUGUAAUUUUCUCCUAGGACAUAAAUAUCUAAGUAUAGGAAUUAUAUCUAGGGUUUCUUUUUUUUAUGUUGUCCACUCAGUGCAAAGUGUGUAUUAAAUGUAUUGGUGAGUAAAUGGAAUAGACAUGGCCUCAGAGUACUUAAUUUGUUAAUUCUAACUACUGAUUUGAUAAAAGUAUGAUGGUAAAAUCUCCACAUCAAUCUCAUAAGUUUUUUGUGCCAGAAGUGUCGAAUCUGGUUUCCUAAGAACAUCUGUCUAGUGAAUGUGCAAGCAUUUCCACAGAACAGGACUCUCUGUUUCUUCUGAUCAUCAGAAAAAGAUGCUCUACUACUAAGCUGCCUCUCUACUACUACUUUGCCUGGAAGUUGUAAUCUUUUUAACAUUAUUAAAAUGUCAAGAAAUCCAAAUAGGUCAGAAAAAAAUGGAAAAAUUUAAGGUGAACUCUGUGAAGAAAAAGGAACUAGGAUUAUUUAAGUUGGAAAAGAAAAGAGAAAGGUAACUUUAAAAUUCUCAAAAUUGAAAAAGAACUGCUGUAAAGAGGAACCUGACAGAUUUUUUUCUGUGUUCAUAUGAAUUAAUAAAAAAUUUGAUUAGAUAUAAAUAAAAACAUUUUCCCUAGAAGGGUAGAUUUGAUUAGACCAUGAGCCAUAAAAUGUCUGUUUUGAAUACAUGUGGUAUUUUGUCUUGGACUUAACUAGAGAAUGUCUUAAGAUUCAUUUCACUUCAUAACUACAUUACAGUACAGAAACAAGUCUUAUAAUAUGUUGAAAUCUAUGUCUCAUUUGAAACUGACUCAAAGUAGAAUUAAUGUUUUUGGAACCACAUAUGAAGGUGCUAAAAUAACAUAAAUUUGGCACUGAAGAACUAAAGGUAAUUAUAUAAAGAAUACCUUUGGCUUCAGUUCAGUAUGAGUCAUAAAUCAUAAAAAAUUGAGUUUCUAUUUAUUUUGCCUCUACAUAGGGUAUGCUUUUUCUACAGCAAGUGAUACACUCUUUUAAUUGAAAUGUGGACGUUGUAAUGUUCUGUAAACAUCUGUAAUAAGCAGUGAGAAGUUCUGAAUUAAAAGGGUUAAAAGUGUGGGAAAUAAUAUGAGAGAAGAAAAUGUUAAUGUUGUGCCUAAUUUAUACAGGGUCUAUGGUAGUCUUCAUAUUUACUAUAUGUAAUCCUUCCUCAUAAAGAUACCAAAUUUGGCUUUGUUACUCCUUUUUUAUAGAUGAGGGAACCUAGAGUCAGGGAGGUAUACUUUCACCAGUAGUGCACAGUAGGUAUCAUGUCACGAUUUGAACCCAGUCCUUUGUGCCUGAAAUCAAUGUUGUUUUUACUUAAUCUUUAUUCUUUUCAUGGGAGGAAAGAAGGGGUAAAAUUUUUUACAAAUUGUUUGGCACUCUCCCCAGAGAAGAGACAAGGAAAUAAUUUUUAUUUGGAAAGAGUGUGAUACUUAGGUGUACCAACGACAUUGGGGAAAUCACUCAAAACAACCAGGAGUUUUUAGUAAAAUAUGGCAUGCAGCAUACGAUUUUUAACAAUAAUACUACAUCAUAUAAUGUCCUAGGUGGCCCAGAUGAUCCUGGGAAAAGAAACUGGCAGUGACGUACAUGAAUUAGUAAAACAAUAUUGGGUAAUGUAUUUACUAUUUAAAAUCAACAGAUUGUGUGCAUUGAAUUCUGAGAUUUGGAACAAUAUCUUAUGCAUGUUUAUAUCCCAGGUCUAGCACAUUACUUGGGAAUGGUCAGUACCCAGUAAAGGUAUUGAAUGAUAACAAGUGCUUUUGAAUGUUUCUCUUUCUCUCUUACUAAC